AUGGCUCAAUGGACCAUGGUUCCGGCAGACGUGCUGCAGACCAUUGCCGACUUCCUGGCCAGAGACAUUAGAGACUUUAUUCGAUUCCGUGCCGUGUGCGAGUCAUGGCGGUCGGCCACCACAGAGCUGCGCAGCAUGCCAUCUCUUCCUCCCCAGCUCCCAUGGCUGAUGCUUAGCUUCGACGAAGCCUUCACCAACACCCGAUCCUUCUACCGCCUCUCCGACCGAACGAUCCUCAACUUUCACUUGCCUGAAGUAGGCGGCAAAAGGAUCGUCGGCUCCGCCGUUGGCUGGCUGGUUUUAGUCAGUGCUGCAUCAGCAAUCUGUCUCUUCGAUCCUUUAACAAGGGCACAAGUUCACCUUCCCCCACUGACAACGCUUCCACAAGUACUGGAGUUCCGAGAGCAGGAGGUCGGUGCCGAGUAUGUCAUCGAAGAAGCACAGGAAGAUCAACAAGAAGAGGAAGAUGAAGAAGAGGAAGCUGGAGGGGCAUAUCUCUUGGGCUCGGAUCAUGUGAAAGACCUACUGGUGUUUGCUAGACCAGGAGAUGGGAAGUGGACCAUGUCCGACCGGAGAUUUAUCUGCACCGAUAUUUUAUGGCACCAAGGCCAGCUCUAUGCUGUAGAUAAUGGUGGAGUAGUUGCUGUCUGCGAGCUCAGCCCUACCUUUAAGCUUACACCAAUUACAGCUGAAGUCCCGAUCGAUUUCUUGUGGUGUUUUUUGGUGGAGUUGUGUGGGGAUCUGUUGGUAGUUUUCAGGUAUCCUGAGCACGGAUGGGAUCCUUUCCCUUGGACAGCAUAUCCAACAAGAGGAUUUGAGGUUUUUAAGUUGGAUCGAUCAAGCAAGGAGGCAAGGCUAGUCGAGGUGAAGAGCUUGGGUGAUCAUAUGCUGUUCUUGGGCACGAACAACUCGUUCUCUUUAUCAACGAAGGAUUUUCCUGGAUGGAAAGGGAACUGCAUCUAUUUUACUGCUAGUUAUUUUGAAAUCUGUGGUUUCAUAAAGCCUGAAUAAUAUUGGCACAAGUUGCCAGAUGAUGACUGUAUUUUUGAAGGUUGCCACACUGGU